UGAAAACGUCAUCAAUUAUUGUGUAGGAGGAGAAAAUGGCACAAACUUCGGGUCCAACAGCAACAGCUCGGAUUCAGCCUAAGAAACAGACUUUGGAGGACGCUUAUUCUCCUCCAGCUAAUUUUUUAGAAAUAGAUGUUACAGACCCUGAAACUCACGGUGUUGCCAAGAAACGUUAUACAGAUUAUGAAGUCAGAAUAAGGACCAAUCUACCAGUGUUCAAAGUCAAAGAAUGCAGCAUACGAAGACGAUACAGUGAUUUUGAAUGGUUACGAACUGAAUUGGAAAGAGAUAGCAAGAUAGUGGUGCCUCCAUUGCCUGGGAAGGCAUUGAAGAGACAGUUGCCGUUUCGAGGAGAUGAUGGUAUUUUUGAAGAGGAAUUCAUAGAGGAGCGUCGGAAGGGCCUUGAAAUGUUUAUUAACAAGGUGGCCGGACAUCCCCUAGCCCAGAAUGAGAAGUGUCUGCAUAUGUUCCUGCAAGAGCCAGUCAUAGAUAAAAACUAUGUUCCAGGCAAAAUCAGAACCACCUAAUUAGUCAUGUCACCAUCUGCAAUUAAUAUCAUCUUAUAUCACACAGUCUUUUGUUGCCUUUUUAUUAGAUAUGUAAAAUAUGAGUCAAACUACCAGCAUCAAUGUUACGAUGGAAAUUUUAUGCUCUGACACUUUUUUUAUGGAAGUGUUAAGACCAAACAUGAGUGUUGCAGAAAUAAUUUUACAUGUAUGUGAGUAAUGGCAUUAGAUGAUUGUGAACAUUGUAUCUAGAACAAUUUUAAUUGAGAUUAAAUAACAAGAGCUGUUGUUGAUUAUGUUUAUACAUAUUUCAGACAUUGUGUAAAAUGUUUUUUUGCACAUUUGUAUGCUUCAAACAUAAUUUUGGUUGCAUAAGGAUACAAUACACACGCAUGUGUAGCUUGGAGAUGGUUUAAAACAGGGAUUAUACUAAGUAAUCUAUUUGUCUGCAUAUUGUUGAAACCAAAGUUUUCAGGUGAGGCAAGUUUUCUGUGAUAAAAAUCAGAUAUUUUUAAUGAUGUACUACUGUAAGCCACUAAGAGUGAUCCUUCACUUUGAUAACCUCUAUAUGACCAUUUUUAAAACAAACUAUUUAGUUUUUGAACUUGUGUAAUUCAUUUCACUUACCACUGUAUUUUUUAUAUUUUAUAAGCAUUAUUAAAGGAUACAAUGUAGAUAAUACCAAGAUGAUUUGAAUUGUAUUCAACUUUUGAUGAUUUUAUGACAUGUAGGGCAGUGAUCACAGCUUUGAAUAUCUUAAGCUUUCUUCAAAAACGGAGCACAUUGUAAUAAAUAAUGAACAUUUAUUAAGAAAAAUAUUUGUAAACUUAAGUAUUUAUGUUUUUGUCUGACCCUUUACAAGGACUUGUUUUGUUGUUACUAUGUGAUGGUUAAACACUGCUUCACUUAUGAACAUUAAAGUGUAUUUUUGAUUUUAUGCUUAUAAAGGUGUGCUGUGUAACAAUGUUUUCGAAAGCAAUACUUAUUUUAUAGUAAGAGUUUAAUAUAUCUUAAAAAAUCAAAUUCAUUACAAUCAAUCAUACGAAGUAUGGAACACAAAAUGAGCUGCUGGAAUGGAUGUAGGAAUGGUAGGAUAUACAUGAGUGUGAUUGGUUCGCAAUAUACUAGUAGAACACAAAAAUGUGUUAUGCUUUAUGCAUAAAAUGUUGUGGAUAUUAACUUGUCUGUUGAUUUUUAAAAGAUAUUUUUUGUUAUUGUUGUAGACUUGGUGUCAUUGUCAUAAAACCCAGAAAGGCUAGGUUGCCAAGGACAAUGUGCAGGUGAAGCAAGGCAUUGUUUGUGUGUCCUAAAAAUACAGAUUUUUUAAAGAACUUGCAUAGUCUAUAGUAAUUCAUGCUCAUAAUUUAGUAGUGAUAUAAUUUUAAAAUCUAGCAUUGUAUGUUUUACAGUAUAAAAAAUUAUAUCCGCACUUGUUGGUUUUUUCACUGUUUUGAAUAUUUUUGUUUCACUAAAUACUAAAAAAAGCAAACCUUAUGUUCCACUGUCUUUUUUGAAAGGAUACAGUAACAAAUGUAGCACUUUUUAAAUUUAUGUUCCAGAGUUGUCAGCGGUAACAAGCUGAUGUGUUUAUUUUAUUUCUACAAUUUAAUGUAUUUUUCAUAUUGUUAAGUUAUUUCCUUAUUGUUUAGAAUUUCCAAAUUAACAUAACAUAAUUAUUUCAGCAUGAAAAAAGUAUAUAUUUUACCAAUCUUCAUUUUAUUAUCCCUCACCAAAAGGUUCAGAGGGAUCUAUAUUUGGAGUUGUUGGUCCAUCCUCUUUUCCCCAGGGCAAACCUAUAGUUAUAUCACUACUAGACAGAAAUUAAUCAAACAUAGGUCAAGUGUGUAUAACCAUAGUGCACUGCUGCACAACUAAGAAGGAUCUGCAUUAGAGUUAUUGCUUUUUAAUUGAUGAAAAAAAACAACAUGAUAAACCUGUGGUGCAUGCACAUAGUUGUCAAGAUUGAAUGAGUACCAUUAGAGGUACUACCUUUAUUUAAUGAAUAGAUUAUUCCCCACCAAACCAAAUGUUGUUUGUUUGUUUUUUGGUAUAUUGUUUUCCUUGCCAUCAGUUUUGUAUUUUUUUCUCUCAAAGAAGGAAGCUCAAGUAAGAAUGUUCCCUUUUUUCUACAGCAACUCUGACAAAACAUUAACUAAUUUGCAUCUAAAAUAUGCCAACUCCACAAAAAGUGUACUCAGACUAUAAAUUAAUUUAAAACUUAUUACAAAUUUUGUUUUUAAUGUUCCAUCAACACCAGGUUUUGUUACUUUGAACUUCCAAACUUUCUCUUUUAGAAGUUUAUACACUUCUAAGAACUCAAUUUUGGAAGUUUUAGCCUAUCUCUUGGGAGUAAUAUACUUCCAAACUUCCUUUUGUGGAAGCCCUGUGAUUGGUCAUAUAAUGUUCAAACUUGGUCAGAAACUUAAUCAAGUCUCGACUGCUUGUAAAAGUUGGUCACAUGGUAACAAAAACUAGGUCACUAUGUUAAAUCUUAGAAAAAACCUUGUGAACAUGCAGCCUUAAUCUUAUCUUUGCAAUAUUUCUGGUCCAAUUUUCAUUAAACUUGAUCAGAAUGUUUGCCUUGAUAAACUUUUUUUAUUAGUAAAGCUGGGUAACUUGGGUAAGAACUAGGUUACUAGGUCAAAUCUUAUUACUUCACCAUUUACAUUAUUCUUUUAUUUCAAACAAUUGCAAACAAAGUCAUACCUCGUAUCCAAUGUUCAUAAGAGUCCAUCACCCUGCAGCCGAAUUGCAUGUUACAGUUGGAAUAUUUCAUCAACACUUGAUUUCCAUUCCAUCUACUUUGCCUUGUCAGGUGAGGGAUAUCAAUUCAACGAAUUUGCUUGUUAUAAUCAAAUAAACAUUUUGAUGACCAGUUUUAGCUGAUAUAUUUCCUUAUGAAGCAAAUAUCAAUAAAUAUUUCAAAAGAAAUUGUGAGAUUACAAUAGCAAAUUUCAUACUAUUUUUUUACCAAAUUUACUUUAAAAUAUUUUUCAUACAGUCCUCUUUGUGGAGUUUUGCUUAGAUUGGUGUCUUGAAAUGUUUAGUUCUUUACAAAUAAAUCCUAAGGCAGCGAAUAUCAUUUCUCAAAUUCACUUGACUUAACUUGAAAAUUGUUGUCAAAUACAGUGCAGCAAUCUGUUGUACAAAUAAACGGAAGAAUGAAGGGCAGAGCAAAUGUUUUUGGUAAACAAAUUUGUACAAAUAUGUUCUAAUGCAUUAAUUUGAUGCAGAAAUUAAUUUAAAACUUGUUCUUUUGUUGUAAAUAAAAUAGUUUUCCCCAAA